AUGGAGGCCUCCGGGGACCAAGGGGGCGAAGGAGACAAGCCAUUCGAGAAGGUGACAACUGUUCCUUGCUUAGAGAGGACUUCCAGCGCCAUCCCAGCUGGAGACUCCCUGAUUCAUCAUGCCAAGGGCCUGAGCCAGGACACCUUCAAAAUUUGUAAAGAAUACCUAAGGCCUCUGAAGAAGUUCUUGCGGAAGCUGAACCUGCCCAAGGACCUUCCCCAGAAGAAAAGGAUCAAGCACACGAAGCAGAGCCUCGAAGCGCUGGGCGGCCACAUCAACACCUUCCUGCGGCAUUACUGCCGGGCCUGGGAGAUCAAGCACUGGAAAAAGAUGCUCUGGCGAUUUGUCUCCCUCUUCUCCGAACUGGAUGCAAAGCAGCUUCGCCGGCUCUACAAGUAUAGCACUACCAACCAGACAGCCAAGUUUCUGGUAGCAUUCUGCCCCUUGGAUGCACCAGAGAGAUCUUUGCUGACCAACCAGGAGGACAGCCUUCCCAGACUCUGCAGUGCUUGGGGGCUGCACGGCAACAUCAGCGGCAUGAAGGAGAGGCUGUCCAAGAUGCAAGCGCCCGGUCAAGAGGCUGCCAUGCUGAAGGAGCCAAGGUCCCUGCGCCACGUCAGCAGAGGUGAUGCCCACGGGAUACUGCCGAAUUCUUUAAGGAAACCUCCUCAAAAACCAAAAUUCAAGAGGAAGAGGAUCAAGGAAGCCCCAGAAACACCUGAGAGCUAUUCAUAG